AUGGUUCGAGAGGGUCGUAAAAUUACGAAGGAGACGCCGUGGGCUGUUCUGGUCAGCGCUCGACCGGGGACUUCGAACCGAGAAAAUGCUACUGCGUUGAGCGAUAACCGCGAAGAGGGUUCUUCAAACUGGUUGAGCGAGCGUUCUGCUAGCUGCGCAACUUUUGCAUCAGUUCAUACUUGCACAGGUAUAGGACCUGGUAUCAUGAAAGAAGCAUAAGUCACAAAUAAAAGUUCGUUGAAUUUUGGUUAAUGUGUUUAUUUUUUGGUAUGUUUUACAAAGUUCCUAGAACUGCACAUGUGAGCAUGUGACAUUGAAUUGGCAUUUUAAAAUAUAUUUCAUUG